AUGUUUCCAUCAAGCAAAAGCAAAAAAGAAAAAAAGGCAAAUUCUUUCGUGUGCCAUAGGAGAUUAGGAAUUUAUAAGAAAAAAAAUUACAAGCACAAGCAUCAGUUAAUAUAUGUUUCAUUAUCUGGACGUAUUUAUACAAAUUCUAACUACAAAGAUGUUGUGCAAGUGGACAACCGCAUUCUGAACGAAUUAAAAAUAUCAAAGACAGGUAUCAAGUCAUGUAUAAACGAUGUAAAGUUGAUGUAUAGAAUAGUGAAUGGACUGAAGAAAAAUGAAGAGGAAAGAAAUUUCGACGAAAAGAUGUUUGAGUACUAUUGUAUCCCCCCAUCCAUUAUAACAGAAUACAACCAAUUAGGAAUAUACGAACUUUACAAGGAACAAGCGGAAUGCUUGAGGAAUAUACUUCAAAACGAACAGGUGGAAAAUGACAUACACAAUAAAAUGGAGGAAAUAAGGAACGAAGAGUGCAAUGCAAAGAAUAUAGACUAUAUAUUAAAUUCUGAUUUUUUCAUUCCAUUUGAGAAGGAAUUUAGACAACGAGACGAAGAUCAGGAAGAGAGGAGACAAAUGUUAUGUACACAAAAUGGACAAAGAAGAGAAAGAAAUGUAAACAUUUAUGAUGAGAAAUGGAACAUCAUAUACAUGAACAACAUCACAAAGAACAAUUUUUUUUACAAGAAUUUUUUAUUUAACAUACCAACAGGUAUGGGGAAGACAAUAAUUUAUGACAUUCUAAUUAUUCGUCUGGUUUUAUAUAAAGGGUACAGAGUCAUUUUAACCCUACCCACAGUAUCUUUGAUUAAUGAAAAGAAUGACUAUUAUGAAAAAUUACUUGGUGAAAACACCGUGUCUUUAAAUAUAAAAAAGUUUAAUAGUUUCAAUUUUACAGGAUAUUCCUACAGUCUAUCAACCGAUAUUGCCUUAUGCACAUAUGAACAGGCAAAUAUUAUACUAAACAUUAUUAUUAAAAAUAAUUUAAAAUGCAAUUAUAUAUUUAUCAUUGAUGAAAUUCAUUACAUAAAUGACAUGCAACGCGGAUAUUUUAUAGAGUCGCUAUUAACAAAAAUUAAAUACAUUCAAAAGAAUUGCGAAAGCAUUUUUAAUAUAAGAGCAUGUGGUUUUUCUGCAACUUUGUCAAAUGUAGAUCAGAUCGGAGAAUGGCUAGACGCUAAGGUAUACGUGAGUAAAGAGAAAUUACAAAAAAUUAAGUACCUGUACAAAAUAGAAAAUGCAAUAUAUAAAGAUAUACAUAAGAAAGAACUGGAAAGAACUCUGGAUGUUCCAUUCUAUCUAGACCCAGACCACUUGGUUUUCUUGCUAAGCGAAGAAUUAAUUCUUCAGAGAAAUGUUUUGAUAUUUUGCCCGACAAAAAAAAAAAGUGAACAAAUUGCUUCUUUCAUAAGCAAUAUUAUGCCGUAUUAUUUGAAAAAUAAAAAUUAUAAAGUGGAUGGCCAAUUGCUUGAAAAAAGAAUGAAGCUUAUAAAGGAAUUAAAGGAGAUGAGUGUAAAAAUACCAGACGUCGAAAAAUUUAUUCUCGCUGGGAUUUUAUAUCACCACUCGGAGCUGGAUAAAAAUGAAAAGGAAAUCAUAGAAAGUGCUUUCAGAAAUAACAUACUUUUCUGUCUUUGUUGCACAACUACUUUAUCUGUGGGGGUCAAUUUUAAUGUGCACACAGUGAUUAUUAGAAGCUUAAGAUUAGGCAAAGCCUUCUUGACGAAGGAUCAGAUUGUGCAAAUAGCUGGAAGGUGCGGACGCAUAAAGAAGGUUCAUCAAGCGGGGACUACACCCGAGUGUGCCGGUGGAAUUGGUGGAAGUGGUGGGAAUGGUGGAAGCUGUGGAAGCUGCCGAAUCUGUCGAAUCUGUCGAAUCUGUCGAAGCGGUGAUCUGAACGAUGUUCUAAGCAGUAGCCCGAAGAGCUGCCUGAACAGUGGUCAGAACAGUGGCUCGAAAAGUUGUCUGAAUAGCUGCCUGAACAGUGGUCAGAACAGUGGCUCGAAAAGUUGCCAGAACAGUGGCUCGAAAAGUUGCCAGAACAGUGGCUCGAAAAGUUGCCAGAACAGUGGCUCGAAAAGUUGCCUGAACAGUGGCUCGAAAAGUUGCCAGAACAGUGGCUCGAAAAGUUGCCUGAACAGCGGUCAGAAUAGUGGCUUGAGGAAGGGGCGAGGGAACCCUGAGGACCAAGAGAAAGUGUGCAUUGGAAGGGGGGAAGUAAAGGACUACGAUAUUGAUUGUGAUGGGAAGGUGCUGAUAUUCUUAGCAUCAUGUGAUAAGACGUGCAUGGAAAGAAUUUUAAAAGACGAUGUGGACGUGUGUAAUCUGAAAACAAAACUUCACAAUUUCCAACUAUGCAAAUUUAUCAUUGAAUUUAUCGAAUUAAAUCUGAUCAAAACAAAAAAGGAUAUGUUUGACUUUCUGUCUUUGUAUACCCUUAAAUUUUUUAAAAUAAACAAAAGGGAUGAAAAAAAAAGUAACACAAAUAGUAAUAACGUAAUAAAUAGUAAAGAUCUAAUAAUGCAAGAAAUAAAACAAACAUUUCAAUAUUUAUUUGAAAAUAAGUUAAUUAUCAUACCAUAUGAAAAGGAACAAGGUUAUUACUAUUCUUUAUUUGCAAAAAUAUACAAUACAAAUUUGUAUAAUAUUGAAAAUUUAUUUGAUUUCCAUUUUUUAAAUAAGUACAUUAAUGUGGACUUACUAAUCAAAUAUAAUUUACAACAAAAAAUUGAACUUUUUAAAAAAUUGCAUAAGAAUUACAAGUUAAAAUAUUUUUUAAAUCAAGAAAAACAAUUUUUUUCCCUACCCUUUGUCACUAUUUUAUUAAUUUUUAAGGAUACACAAUUUAACAAAAAUCUAUUUCAAAACAUAUUUGUCCAAUUUAUCAAAUAUUUAUUCCUUAUUAAUGUAAACACUAAACAGUAUUCUUUUUAUGUUUAUGACAUUUUGAAAGAUGAUGAUAUCAUUUCCUGUACAGAGAUGUCUCCCUAUGUUCACCCCAUAUACAAUGCUUUGGAUUUCAUUUUCAACUACACCUUCAUUCAGUAUGUAUACGUCAAGGGAUUUCCCACGGAUACCUUACUGAUGAUUUUUGUGUUUUGCAUAAAUUCCGAAAUUUCGCUAAAAAUUCAUUUUGACGUGUAUGAGGAAAUGAUAAUAUCCAGUAAUAGCAAUGAAGAUGGAAAUGUUAAGAAAAUUUUUCAAUAUUUUGACCUCAGUAUUGAUAAAUUAAAACGGUUCAAGUCAUGGAAAAACGAACACCUAUGUGUCGAGUCAGCGAAGAAUAUUCUACGUGGAGAGACGGACAUAGACGAGAUAUGUGAAAACUUUGAGUGGGUAAAAAUUAAAAGGUUUUACUUUUCCCUGAUUGUUUACGACCUUUUCAGAGAAGACACAUACACCGUUGGAAAGAAGUACAGACUCAAAAUAAAGGAAAUCAAAAAUUUGUAUGUGAAGUGUUGUUACAAUUUGUCUUUCAACUGUAAAGUUCUUCGGAAUUUUAAAAAUUCUUUGGACAUUUUUUGCAUCGCCUUGGAAAAUUUGCUACUAAAGAUGAAGUCUAAAAUCCUGUCUUUCGUUUUUUAA